AUGUCUUCAAAUAUAAUUAAUGCAAUUACUGGUGAGUUGAUCACGAUCGAUAUUACGUUAUUUAUUUCAUUAAAUGAAUUUAAAAAAUUCUUGAUUAACCGUUGGCAAAUUGAUUUUAAUAACUUAUUGUUACUAUUGCCGUUUGGUAAUAAAAUAAAUGAUCGUAUCUUUAUUGAUCUAAUAGGAAAGAAAAAUGAUCAGUCGACAAUUUACGUGUUUGAUAGGAGAUUAUUCUCGUUGGUUAAUAACCCUGAUAAUGAAUUGUCUUCAGACUAUUUAACAAAUAUUAAAAAUUUAUUAAAAGGUAUUAAUCAUCCAACAAAUAAUUUGAAUCAAUUAGUUAAACCCGUCAAUUCACCAUACGAAGAAGUCGAAAUUAAUGAAAAGUUUUUAAAUUAUCAUACCAUUACUAGUUUAAUAACCACAAAUUUAGGUUGGUUAAGUGCUUUAGAAAUAGAUAUGCAUUAUUUUCAGAUACAAAUUAGUGACACUUUAGAUUAUAUUAAAAAUAUCAUUGAAUCUUUGAAAAUUUGCCAAAAUUAUUUAGAACUAUAUUGCUAUGAUGUCGAAAACUUAUACAAUUCAAAUGUAAAAUUUUUGAAUCAAUUGGCAAACAAUGAGAUUUUGAAAAAUUGGUUGAAUUACUAUGAUAAUAUUUUAACAAAAUUGUCUGAUAUAAAUGGGAAUAAAUUGAGUUCAUAUUUAAAUAAAAAUGAACUUGUAUCAAUUUCAUCUAAAAUUGAAGAAUUGGAUCAACGUGUUAAUUCAAAUUUAAAAAAAUUUAAAAUCGUUAUCGACAAGAAUAUUGAUUUAAGGAAUAAUAUUAAUAAAGAAAUAUCAUCAUUAAGCGAGAAGAUAACUCCAAGCUCAGAGAAAUAUAAAUUAGAAGAAACAAUGUUAGAAAAAUUUACCGAACUCGUAAAAAAUUUAAGAAAUGAUUCGAAGGUAAUAUUAGAAAAAGAUGAAAAUGAAUUCGAUAAAAAUUAUAUGCAAAAUUUGGCAAAAUCAUUGGAAAAGGAUAAGAAAGUUACGGUAACGAACCUACUUACAAUUUCGAAGGCUUUAUAUUCUCAAGCAAAUGAUAUCUCGGAGAUCAAGAGUAAGUUACAGGUAGAUUCAAUAAAGCUCUUUGGACAAAUUUCAUUUAUUCAAAUAGAAACAUUAAAUAUCAAAAAGCUAUUAUUAAACGAAUUGAAUAAGGAUUUAGAAAAAUAUCAAGGUUUUGAAUUAAAAUUAGCUCAUGUGCAGGAUAUACCACUGGUAUAUGGACUGUACUCAAUAGAGAAUUAUAGACGGGAAUCGUGGGUUUUACAGAUAAAUUAUAAACACUUAGAUUUUAAUAAAUCCCUAAAAACGAUUGUUGAAAAGGAGAAAUCGACCAGAAAUAAAUGGGUAGAUAAUUUUGGCUCAACAGCUGUAUAUUUUACCGAAGAUAUGGAUACUCUAAGAGAUUUCAAUUAUUUAAAUAAUAUUGCAAAAGGGAACCAAUCAAUGAUCAAAAAAUUAGAGGAAUUGUUCAAGAACAUUUCAAAUGAAUCACACAAUAAAAAUCUAGUUUUUAUUGAAACAUAUAUUAAAGAGGUUGAAGACUUGGAUUUGGAUAAAGAUGUGAUUGAAUUAUUUAAAAGAUAUUUGGCUGUCGCUCAAGGAUUCGUAAUUGAACAACCUUCAACUAAAAACAUAAUAAGUGAUAAAGAAACUGGAGAACUUAUAAAUGGUUAUCAAUCAAGAAUAAAAAAAUUAGAACUAUUGUUGCACUCAGCACGAUAUUCAAACGUAGAAAGUUGGCCUACUGGAUUAUUAAAUUAUUCAAAUGUAAAACUAUUUCGAAAUAACGUUGCCACAGUAAAUAGUAAACUUUCUUUACAGUCUGAUUAUAUGGGGAAUAUAAGUUAUGGAUCAGAUCAACUAAGAAUUAAAGAAUUAGAAAAUGUCAACAAACAAUAUAAAACCGACUUCAAAGCUCUAACGGAUGAAAACAAAUUGCUUAAAGACAAAGUUACCAAAUUCAAUACCGAUAUUUCAGAUAUACAAAUAGAAAGAAAUGCGUAUAAGGAGACAUUGACAAAGCUAAAUGAAGAAUUGUCAAGAUUAACUUCUAUAGAAGGCGAUUUUGAAAAACAUAAAGGCGAAAAGGAAAUUGAAUUAAAAAUAAAAAUUGACGGAUUAGUAGAUUCUAAUAAAACUCUAUUGAAUCAAAUAUCAGAUCUUAAAAUUGAAUCUAAGGAAUUAGAAUCAAGUAACAGAGAUUUAUUAGCUCAACUUAACCAAAAGCGAGAGGAACACAAAGUACUCGAAGACAGCCUGAAACAAAGGGAAAACGAAGGCUUACGUUACAAAGAUGAAUACGAAGCAAAAUUAAAAGAAUUGACAGAGAAGUUUGAAGCUGAUAGAAGAGCACUAGAAGACGAAAUAAAGGCAGCAAAGGAACAAAAUAUGAAAGAAAGCAUGGAGCAACAGACGGAACAAAGUGCAAACCAAAGUAUAGACCAAAGCAUAGAACAAAGUACAGAACAAAGUACAGAACAAAGUACAGAACAAAGUAUGGAACAAAGUAUGGAACAAAGUAUGGAACAAAGUGUGGAACAAAGUAUGGAACACAGUAUGGAACACAGUAUGGAACAGAGUGAGAAACAAAAUAUGGGGCAAAAUGAUGCUACUAUUGAUAAUCAAAGUAUUGAGACUCCUACAUCUGAGGACAUGCAUUCUCUAGAUGAGCAAUCUCCAGAAUCCCAACUGUUAAAAUCAAAUACGACAGAACUCCAGCCUAUAAAAUCACAAGAAUUGGCUGAAGAUUCUAAAGCAAUAGAGUUGAAGAACAUUCAAGAGAUGUUAGUUUCGAAGUUGUAUGAAAUCUUUUCAAGCAAUGUAUUCAUACUAGAAAAUAUAGGUUUACUGUUGACAUUUGAUGAGCAUGACAAUUUUCAAAUAAGAAGAGUUAAAGGUUUGAAGAAGAAUCUCAACCAGAGUGUCCUUGAAGAAACUGGUCUCUUGAAUGAGAUCGAGAUGCCUGUUAAAAGUGACGUAUUUUCUGAGGUCAAAACCUUAUUUUCAAAUUAUAAGGAAACUUUUGAUUCCAGAAGCUAUAUUAGUUUGCUGAGUAAAAUCAAUCAAUUGUAUGAUUGUAAACUAUAUGAGACUGCUGUUAUUAAAAGAUUUGAAGAUAUAGAGUUGUUAGCCAAAAAGCUGGCAAAGGAAAAUAAGGCCAAAAAAAAUUUAUUUGAAAAAUAUAGAUGUGAAAGAAUUACACUUAAAAAUUUUGAAGUUGGGGAUUUAGCAUUGUUUCUUCCAACUAGGGAAAAUUGUAUUACAGAAGACGUAUCUGUAGCGUCAUGGAAUUCUUCCUUUUCAUCGGUAGAUUUGUCGACACCUCCCCCAUUUGGAGAACCGAUUACAAAUCAAAGUCAUUCAGGUACCGCUAAAGAUAAAAACAAGCAUAAUUUGGAAAAAAGGCCAUGGGCUGCAUUUACUGCAUUUGAAGAAACCGCAAGAUACUUUUUGAAAGAUCCAGAGAACAUUCCUAAUAACCGAGAAUGGUUUGUAGGAAAAAUCAUGCAUUUACAAAGGUUUGUUGUAGAGGAUCAUAUUAGCAAUCCAUACAAGCUUCCAAAAGGUGCAGUUUGGUUUCAAGUUACCGCAACAGUUGUAUCUCAUCAAUAA